UACCUCGUUGAUUGGCAGCAGCAUUGUUUUUAUAGUUUAUUUUACCAAUUUUUUGUUUGUAGCUUGCAAGCCCUAGUCAUGGAGAAACACCCAAACUUUUGCACUUGACAUACAUGUAAAGAGGUUGAAACCCUUCCCAGCAAGCAUUGAAUUCUGUCAAAAUUUGAGGGCGGUUGCCCAGGGUUAAAACGCCAGAGACCCCGGCUGAGGCCAUGGCUUCCUAUUCUUGAGCACCCCGCAGCUGCUUUUCAGCAACCAGUGCGGCUGCAAGAUCAUGCUCCCUCUCGGCUCCUGCUGCUCAACUGCCUCUGAUUCAAGUGCUCCUUCGAACAAGGUCAUAAAAAUGGAGAAUGAUGAUGUGCAGAGCAGUUGGAGUCUUCAUGGAAAUAGGGAUAUCACCUCGCGCUAUGAAAUUCUGGAAAGGGUGGGCAGUGGGACUUAUUCCGAUGUAUAUAGAGGCAGGAGAAAGGAGGACGGGUUGAUUGUAGCCUUAAAGGAAAUUCAUGAUUACCAGAGCAGUUUGAGAGAGAUUGAAGCCCUUUGCAGGCUGAGAUUGACUGGGUCCCCAAAUGUUGUUUGGCUUUAUGAGUGGUUUUGGAGAGAGCAUGAAGAUGCAGUUUUGGUGUUGGAGUUUUUGCAAUCUGAUCUUUAUUCUGUAAUUAGGUCUGCAAAGAAGGAUGGGAUGGGAAUUCCUGAAAGAGAGGUUAAGACAUGGAUGAUUCAGGUCUUACAGGGAGUGGCUGAUUGCCAUGCUAAUUUUGUCGUCCAUCGUGACCUGAAGCCUUCCAAUCUACUAAUUUCGGCUGAUGGAGUUCUCAAGGUUGCUGAUUUUGGACAGGCAAGGAUUUUAGAGGAGCCUGUUACAAAUUCGACAGGAGAAUGUGAACAUCCAGAUGAUAUGGUUGUGGAUGUCUUGGGAGAAAGAAGAUUGGAGAAUAGUGUUAAUGCUGAAAAACUGCCAAAUGAAGGGGAUGUAAAUUCAACUUCUGCAACUGAAUCAACUUCUGAAGGUUUUGCAAAGCCUGGACACUCAGAUUUGGGGUGGAAAAAUGAAGGCAUGGCUGAGUCUGAACUUACUUGUGGUGUGGGAACCAGAUGGUACAGAGCCCCAGAAUUGCUGUAUGGAGCAACAGUCUACGGAAAGGAAGUUGAUUUAUGGUCAUUAGGCUGUAUCUUUGGAGAGCUGCUGAUUUUAGAACCUCUAUUUCCUGGCACUUCAGAUGUUGAUCAGCUUAGCAGACUGGUUAGAGUUCUAGGGAGUCCAACUGAGGAAAAUUGGCCUGGAUGUUCUAAUCUUCCCGAUUAUGGGAAGAUUUGUUUUCCUGGUAACUCUUCUCAUUUAGGUUUGAAGAAUCAUGUUCCAAAUUGUUCCGAGAGUGCCUUUUCUAUCUUAGAAAGACUUGUCUGCUAUGACCCUACAGCUCGGCUUAAUGCAGCAGAGGUUCUUGAGAAUAGAUACUUCAUUGAGGAGCCCAUUCCUGCCCUAGCACAUGAAUUGAAAGUUCCACCACCUCAGAAAGAUGAUGAAAUAUGCUCAGAUGAUGAAUGGGACAAAAGGAAGAAUGAUGAAUCAGAUUCAGAUUUUGAAGGCAUGGAUGGUUUUAAUGUGAUUCACUCAAGUACUGGUUUCUCAAUCCAGUUUGAAAAGUUCCCAUAAGCACUGAUCAAGCUUUUUAUGAUUCUCUAGGUGUUGAUGUGCAUUGCAGAAUGAAUUUAACAUGAUUAUUAAUUAAUGGAUUCUAUAUGCAAUGAAUUACAGAUAUAAUUGGAUUGCAAA